CGCGAGCAAGAUUCACCAAGUGCUUCUGGCGCUCAAAAAGAAAUGAGCUCGUCGAUCUCGACGUCGCUUGGGUCCAGCUCGAGUGUGUCGCUCCUCGAUACGUGUUUUCCAAACAUUUGGAAGCGAUUUCAGUGCGGGUGGCGACCCGACAGCGCCGCGACCAACUUGGAAACGACCGACAGCGCGAUCUCGAACGACGUCAUGAUGAGUCUCGCGUCGCUCGGCCUCGGUGCCCCCGCGACCGCGGCACCAGAGUCGGAAGAGAGCGUCGACCCGCUCUGCGGCGACGAAGAUGCGCUGCGGUGCCACGUGCUCAUGUGCGACUUUUUGCUCAAUGGGCAUGUGACGCCCCACGCUGUCUUUACCAAGACGGUUGCGAUUCUCAACGAGAAGGGUCCGCUGCCGAUUGGCGAAAUCGGCAAGUGUCUCCAGGACGCCACGGCCAACUCGACGCUCUCGGUCGCUCUCAAGGAGCAGUUUGGCGGUCUCAAAAAGUUCCUUGAGCAAUACCCGGCCGACUUUCUCAUUUCCGACGACCACCCGUUCAACCCCAAGGUGUACGUGCAAAGUCAUCUGUUGGAUGAAAACCGAGCGACGUGCGAGCAAAACAAAAAGAAGCACAAGUGUUCGCGCCGAAAGAAGGCGCCAAAACCCGAAGCGCCCAAGGCCUCCAAAGUGCCGAACGCGAGUGCGCCCGUGUUUGUACCGUCGGGUGUCGAGUCGAGUCUCAAGCUCGAGUCGCCCGCCUUUGUGCCCAAGCAACAGCCAUCGGUUGGCCUCUCGCGGUAAACCACGACGACAACGAGUAGAGACAUGGGUGCACAACGACUCUGAUAGCACAGCCUUAUUUAAUAUAAACCACAGCUGUCGCUUGCCGA